AACGACAUUAGGUAUUAUAGGACUGAAACUGAGUGAGCUUAUCGGCGGCGGGAAGCGGGAGCGCGUAUCUGGAGCACGAUCGUGGUAUCCGCGCAGCCUAAGUCUUUUUUUAGUCGCCUUGUUUUACGAGCUUCAGUUUAUGUUCGUGACUCGCCCGGUGCGGAAGUCUGUUUGACUUUUGAAAUGGGCGCUUCUGGAAACAUGACAACGUUCAGAGGGAUAUUUUUUGUAAUACUUCUAUGUUAUGGCCUGGUUCAUGGAAAGGAAAAUGUCAAAGUGGUCACAGUCGCAACGGAGGAUAAUCAUGGCUUGCAACGCUUCCUGCGCUCAGCCAGUGUGUACGGCAUUGAGGUGAAGGUGCUCGGCAGAGGUCAAGAAUGGGCAGGUGGCAACAUGAACUAUGCUGGUGGUGGCCAGAAGAUUAAUUUACUUAAAGACUACAUCAAUCAGCUCAAGAAAGAAGGGGAUAAUGCGCAAAUCAUUCUCUUCACAGACAGUUAUGAUGUCAUGUUCCUGGGAACCAUAGAAGAGAUUGUCAAGAAAUUUAAAUCAUUUGAAAAUACCAGAGUCCUGUUUUCUGCUGAGCAGUUCUGUUGGCCAGAGGUGAAGCUGGCAAGCAUGUAUCCUAGAACAGAGCUUCCUAGCCCGUACCUUAAUUCCGGAGGAUUCAUUGGGUACUUGCCUGAACUUUCGGAGAUAGUAAAUUACAAACCUAUCAAGGACAAAGAUGAUGAUCAGCUGUAUUAUACUAAAGUGUAUUUGGAUAAGACUACAAGGGAAUCUCUAAAAAUCUCACUUGACCAUGAUUCGGCCAUAUUCCAAAAUUUAAAUGGAGCUUUAUCGGAUGUUCAGCUGACUGCCAACUCUACAGAAGAAAAAUGGCCUUACAUUACAAAUGUUGCCACGAAGCAGCGGCCACUGAUUGUUCACGGCAACGGCCCUUCCAAGCUCACCCUUAAUCAUUUGGGCAACUACUUGGCCAAAUCCUGGUCGGCAUCUGAAGGUUGUGCGUUGUGUAGUGCCAACAAGAUACAAAUUAAGGAAGAAACAUUACCGUCAGUUAUGCUGGCCGUGUUCAUCGAGCAACCUACACCAUUCCUGGAAGAGUUUCUAAAACAGUUAAUUGACAUUAACUACCCGAAAGAGAAAUUGCACUUGCUCCUGCGGAAUAACGUAGAGUAUCACGAGGCAGAUGUCGAGGAGUGGUUCCAAACCUACAGCAGGAAAUAUGCUACAGCCAAGCGCAUUAAGCCCAGUGACUUCAUCACUGAAGCUGAAGCCAGGAACACUGCCAAGGAGCGCUGCCUGGGCAGUUCGUGCGACUACCUCUUCUCAAUCGAUAGCGUGGCCCGCGUGGAGCCUGACACCCUGCGGCACUUGCUCUCUUCGGGCUAUGAUGUCAUCGCCCCGAUGCUUAAGCGCUCCGGAGGAGCUUGGUCCAAUUUCUGGGGUACGAUCAACACGCAAGGCUUCUACGCGAGGUCUGCAGAUUACAUGGACAUCGUAUUUUACGCCAUAAGGGGGAUAUGGAACGUGCCGUUUAUCACCAACUGCUACCUGAUGAAGAUGGCAACGUUCCGAUCCGGCGCAGCCAAGACCGUGGACUAUCACAAGGAGGGCGUGGACCCCGACAUGGCUUUCUGCGCUAACCUUAGAGAUCUCGGUGUGUUCAUGCACGUGAGCAACGAGUUGGAGUUUGGGCACCUUGUCAACCCCGAGAGCUUUGACACGUCUCGCACGCACCCGGACGUGUACCAGGUGAUGGACAACAAGCCAGACUGGGAGGCGCGGUACUUGCACCCAGACUACGCCGCCAACUUCGAAGAGGGCACAAAACCCGCAAUGCCAUGUCCCGAUGUAUACUGGUUCCCAAUGGUGUCCAUGCGGUUCUGCAAGGAGUGGAUUGAAGUCAUGGAGGCGUUCGGCCAGUGGAGCGAUGGAUCCAAUAAUGACAAACGUCUGGAGAGCGGAUACGAGGCAGUCCCGACGCGGGACAUCCACAUGACGCAAGUGGGCCUGGACAAGCACUGGCUGCACAUUCUGAAGGAGUACGUGCGUCCGUUGCAGGAGAUGGUCUUCAUCGGUUACUAUCACAACCCGCCGGUGUCGUUGAUGAACUUCGUGGUCCGCUACCGGCCCGACGAGCAGCCCUCGCUGCGGCCGCACCACGACUCCUCCACCUUCACCAUCAACCUGGCCCUCAACACGCCCAAGCUGGACUACGAGGGCGGCGGCUGCCAUUUCCUGCGCUACAACUGUUCGGUGACCGACACGCGGCCAGGCUGGCUGCUGAUGCACCCGGGCCGCCUCACGCACUACCACGAGGGCCUGCGCGUCACGGCCGGCACGCGCUACAUCAUGAUCUCCUUCGUCGACCCGUGAACAUCCUGCCCUGCCCUGCCCUGCCCACUGUCACUGUCACUACUCGACCAUUAAUUGACGGGUGUUGUUACCGACCGAGGCCAAUAUUACCUCGGCUCGUUUCUAAAUUGUCCGUUUUAUUCGCUUGACAGACUAUAUAUAAAUAUAAAUUAGAGAUGCACCAUAUAUUCGGUUACUAUCCGGUAUCCGGCCUAUCCGGCCCUUAUAUUGCAAUCCGGCCAGAUACCGGAUAGUGACCUACUAUCCGGUCGGAUACCGGACAGUAACUGCUUGAUUUCGGAGUAAACAAAUUGGAUUUAAGAAACAGUCACGGUCAUAAACGUAUAAAAAAAUAAACAUUGGACUCACUUUCACGCGCACUCAUUUUGAACCUAGAAACGAGUCCGCGCGAACGUUCACUACUAAACAGGUCAAAACCUGCACAAUGCGCACUUGAAAAACCGAAAUGUAUAUAUAGUUCCGCCGCCCGAAUAUUCGGCCGAUGGUCAGACCGAACAUCCGGUAUCCGGCCAAACAACUAUCCGUUGCAUCUCUAAUAUAAAUACUAACAAGGCAAAAAGAAAAUCUGUCCCACAUGCCAUGUUUAUACUUAAGGCAGAAUACUUUGUUUAACUAAAAAAAAAUUGUGACCUAUACCCGUACCAUGAGUCACUGACAGUGUCAAAACUGACAUAUACUCUAACGUCUACGUAAUUUACUUUCUAUACAUCUCGUUCGCACUAAUAUGUCAUGUAUGUACGAGCGAGAUGCAUAGAAAGUAAGUUACGCUCACGCUAGCGUUUAUGUCAGUGCCAAACUGAUGGUAACCGUACUGGUGUGUAAAUGUAAAUCCAUGAGUUUCUUAUUAAUAAAAAAAAGUACAUGAUAUUCUAAAAAGUAUGUUGAUUUAACUGUAAUUUGUUCUGGGUCGUACAUAUUACAUACCUACUGGGUCUAUGUAAAUAAUGUGCAGAUAUCGCCUUUUGUGGUACCUACGCAGUUUUGUCAAGUGGGUAGGUACAAAUAGUGUCGAUAGUUCUGUCAUUAAUAAUAAAAAAAUAGCAAAACAAUAAUUUUAUAUCUGAUGAAAUUAAUAAUCUACUAAAAUAAUUUAAUUAUACUUUUCAGUAAUGAUUAAUUAAGCCAAAGAAUUAUUGUAAACUGAACAAUUGAUCUAAUUGACUAAUAAGAAUUGUAAGAUUUUA